GCGGGCGCGCGGGUAGUAAGUGGAGUGUAGUCAUGGAGCAGUUUUGGCAGGAGGUGGCUAGCCCGGCAGAGCGGAGGCUGCUGACGGCGCUGGGCUGUGCAUUGGCGGGCAUCGGGCUGGUUCUGGCGCUGGUGCUGCGCUGCGUGCAUCUGUCCUACGGCCGCUACACCUCGCUGUACUUCGGGCCCGGCCUGCCCGCCCGCGCCGCCUGGCUCAUGCAGGAGCUGCCCGCGCUCCUUGUGCCGCUGGCCCUCGCCCUCGGCAGCGGCGCCGCCCGCUUGCACCACCGCCCCAACCGGGGCCUGUUGGGGCUCUUCCUGAUACAUUUUUAUUCUAGAGCACUCAUCUUUCCUUUCUUGAUUCGUGGAGGAAAGCCAACACCACUCAUAAUUUUUUUACUAGCAUUUAUUUUUUGUCUCUUGAAUGGGUAUUUACAAGGUCGGAGCUUAAGUAAUUAUGCAGAAUACCCUUCUGACUGGUUGAAACAUCCUUGUUUCAUUGUAGGAUUUGCAGGAUGGUUGAUUGGUAUGGUAAUCAAUAUUCAUUCUGACCACAUUCUUAGAAGUCUGAGAGAACCAGGGGAAACUGGCUACAAAAUACCAAAAGGAGGAAUGUUUGAAUAUGUUACUGGAGCCAAUUUUUUUGGCGAGAUCCUCGAGUGGUUUGGAUUUGCUUUGGCCUGCUGCACCAUUGAAAGUGCUGGUUUUGCUAUGUGCGCACUCUUCAUUCUAGCUUCCCGGGCAAGGCAGCACCAUGAGUGGUACUUGGAAAAAUUUGAAGACUACCCCAAAUCCAGGAAAAUUGUAAUUCCUUUUCUGUAUUGAGCUGUGCCUCACAUAUCCAGCUAGCUUUGAAUGAUGGUGACUGCUGUUCUGAAAAAGUGUUCAGUUCCUAGUCGAUACAUGACAAGUGUCAUCCAAAUGGAUUUCUUUGAGUGCCAGUAUGUAAAGGCUUUUGACUUCCUAACUUUUGGCUUCCUAAUCGGUAAAAUACAGCUGAUUGGUAAGGAGGUGACAUGAGAAAAGAUGGCCCCAGUUUUCCUGGAAGGAGCACAGUGCAAUAAAUAAUAUGGCAAGAGCAUCCUGAUCCUUGUCACUGGAACUAGCUUACUACAGUGGUGCCCCUCUGUCUCUUGUCUUUCUACCCACUGGUUUAGCUGUAGCCAAGUACACUGCUUCCAGAAUGCCAGGAUGAGCUACUUGCAUUGCACUGUUUGGAUGCAGUGUUCAUGCAUUAGGCAGCCAUACAACAAUAGACUUUUGUUCAGAAUUAUGGCUACCCUGUAGACAAAUAACAAUAGUGAAGAUGCUACUUGUACUUCCUCUUUCAUACUCAGCUGUGCAAGACACAGACAUAAUAGACAAAGUAAAGCUGGUUGUGCUACCUAUGCCAGUAUUGGUUAUGAAAAUUGAUUAAGAUUUAUAUAUCUGCUUUUAUGUAUGUGAGAGUGAUCUCUCAUGUGCUACUUGGUGGGUGGGUUCCCACUAACCUUUAUAAGAGAUACUACUUUCUUCAUUUUCUACCUUCUGUUUUUUCCUAUAUGAAAAAUGUCUUAAUUGGUAACUGUUGUCCUGAAAGCACUUAAAAAUGUGUUUCCUGGGUAUUUCUGAUUGCUGGAUCCUCAGCCUCCUGAGUCUUCUAGAGCAGUUCUCCGUACCCAUGUCUGUUAGGGCCCCUCUAGAUGUUCUGCUAAAGCAUCAUAGGAUCUGAUGCAUGAUCCAUAUAAUUGCAUCUCCUGCCAUGUUACAUAUGGAUGGCAGGAGCUGUGAUUAGGGGAUCCAGCAUCAGACAGGGCUCCCAGCUGCAAGGGAAUACCUUGCUACACAUGUAAAUGAAAGCUGGAUAGAAACCAGCUAUAAAGUUGUUACAUAUUUUCCAGCUCUAACUCUAUAGUUGGAUGGACUCUUUUUGGUGUGAUUGUUACUUUGCACAUAUAGCCAGUCUAAAUUAAUUGUGCAAUUACCCAGUUAAUUAUUUAAUACAUGUAACAUGUAGAGGGGGGCCUUUUUGUUUUUAUUUAAACAAAAAUAGUAAGCACUCAGGAAAACCCAAAGAGGAUUUGGCUAUCAAAGCUUUUAUUUUGUGAUUUGUAAUCUUUUUGUUCCAUUUUUCUGACAAUAAAGGUCUGGACACUGUCUUCCAAAAUACUGGCAUAUUUCUACCUCUUGACUUUUUUACCUUAGCCUCUUCUCCCUUUUUCACUUCCUUUUCUCUCGUUUCCUCCUUCCUCCUCAGUUUGCUGAAAGGCUUCAGGGAGCUUCAUCCUGUUCAUUGUGAGUUCAGGUACCUUGUUCAAAAAAGCAAUUUGUUGAAUCUUAAAUCUUCCUCCAAGUGUCCUUUAGGCAUUGCUAAAUGGUAAGGUAAAUUUAAUCUAUUUACAAGUAAAUAGAUUAAAUUAUAAGUAAUCUAAAUUCCUCCCUUCCUAAUUGUUAAGUUUCCUGUCUCUUUUCUGUUGUAACACUCCAACUACUUCAAUCACUAUCAUCUUCCAUUGUGAGAGGGAUGAUAAGGCUCCCUAGCCUCACUCAGAGCUUGCCUGCCACAACUUGAGCUGGGAGAAGGAAGAGUAAUUAUUCCCUAAAGAGGCUUUCAAUCAUUGGCCACCCAGGUAGGUUUUAACUGAAUUGGUUCAUUUAUUGUGCAAAGUCUACAGAAGAUAACGAACUGUGUUGGCAAACCCUCUACCCAGAUGCUGUUUCUUCACCAGUCCUUUAAGCUUCUGGUGUUGCCUCAUGCCAGUUUAUGCUUCUAAUCCCCUUUUUAAUUUCUUCUUUCUGUUUCCCCUAAGCCCAUCUUCAGCAGUCCUUGCUGCCUCUGAGACCCUAGGCAAGUGUCCCCACUUCUCACCAGCCAAUCACAGGUUUGUGAUUCCCCAGGUCUUGCACAGUCCUAUCUUAACUGGGAGUCCCCGCACUGGAGAUACUCCAUCAGUUGUCCGCUGUGUUCUCUUCCUUUCUUCAGGUGCCCAGAGGGCAAACUCUUUCUCUGGGUGUCUGUUUUUCAUGUGGUCGGUGGCCGCAUCUGCUUUGAUAUUCCUUGUUCUCUCCUGGUGUGUUAUCGUGAGUUAGCUAUUAAACUUGCCCCUUCUCUAACUCAGGGGCAGGCAAUUAUUUCAGGUGGAGGGCUGCUUACUCAGUUUUGGCAGGCUGUUGAGGGGUGCCCUGCCCCUUGAGGGCCAUCUUGGGACCAAUGUCCCAAUGUCUUUGGUCCCCCCAAGACAGUGGGACACUGGUCCCAUGUCCCAGGGCCAGCACCAGUGGGACCCAAAGUGGGGCACAGGCUGGCAGGGGUCUGUGGAGCCGGACUGGGCUGCACCAGCAUGGAAAGGGGAGAGCUGGCCCAGUUCAAUAGAGCUCCUGCCAGCUGGGACCCUGCGCUCCUGCCACCCUGCUCUGGGCCCCACUGGCACCGGCCCUGGGACACAGGUGUGGGCCCCGUGCUCCCACGCCCACUCACUCCCAGUGCCCCCCGGCCCUGUGGUACAGGCAGGGGGCAGCACACAGCCUUGACCCCCUGCUCAUCGACAGAGAAGAGGCUGGUGCUGAGUGCUGGGAAAAGAGGCCCCUCUCCCGCCCCGUGGCAUGCGCUCCCUGCUGCAACCACUCGCAGCUCGCAUGGAGCUGUCCAGAGCAGACACAGGCAGCCCCAGGCAG